GUUGCUCUGCAACGAACAGGAUUAUAAGGAAUUUGGAGCCAGCGCUGUUUUUAGUCGUCUCAUCAGUGACCUUCAGUCAUUAGAAGAUAGUGGUAUUAUUCUGGAUGACGAAACAUGUGUUAAAGGUACACUACUCGCAAUCGCAGGAGACAUUUUGGGGUCUCAUAACAUUGGAGGUUUUACCGAGAACUUUAGCACAAGCCAUUUUUUUUGUCGCUAUUGCAUUAUUCGGAGGGACUCUUUUCGAGAGAACCCACUUGCAACAGGUAGUAUCAGAACAGAGGAGAACUAUAAACAAGCACUACAUCCUACCAAUACUGACGAAAAUGUGAUUGACGGUGUCAAGUUUGAUUCCAUUUUCAAUAAAGUGACAAACUUUCAUGUCUGCAAGCCAGGUUUACCACCUUGCCUGGGUCACGAUCUUUUCGAAGGAAUUGUUUCUGUAGACUUGUCAUUGUUCAUCUGUAACCUUGUCAAGGUGAAGAAAUACUUCACCUAUGAACAACUGAACAGGUCAAUAACUCAGUUCACUUAUCUUGGAAGUGAUGUCAACAACAAACCUUGCACAGUAAAUGUGAAUGGAAAAAAGUUAGGAGGUCAUGCAGUCCAGAACUGGUGCCUGUUGAGAUUACUUCCUGUGAUAGUUGGCAACAGAAUAAAGAAUCCUGUAGAAGACAACGUAUGGCAGCUUUGUUUGAAACUUCGAGAAAUUGUUGAGCUGAUAUGUGCAUCAGUAAUAUCUACUAACCAAAUAGCUUAUCUCCAGGUUCUUAUUGAAGAAUACAUCAGCGAUGUGUGUGAUAUAUUUCCAGAAUACUCGCUGAAACCAAAGCACCACUUCGUUUUGCAUUACCCAUGGCUCAUAUCUCAGUUUGGACCGUUGAUUCGUCUUUGGACGCUACGGUUUGAAAGCAAGCACACUUUCUUUAAACAAUGUUGCAGGAAACUUCAGAAUUUCAAGAAUGUGUGCAAGACACUUGCUCACAAGCAUCAGCUAUUACAGGCUUACCUUGGUGCAGGUUUCUUGUUCCCUCCCACUUUGAUAGUAGAGAAGAGUUUGCCAUUUGCAGCAAAUGCAUGUCAUGAGAAGAUAAAGACUUGUAUCUCAAAUUGUAGUUUCUACAGCAAAGAGAUGGAUGUACAUGUAGCACACAGGGUAACAUAUAAAGGCACAACCUACAAAAAGGGCAUGUUUGUUGUUCUUGGUCGAUCUGAAGAUGAACUUGUUGUUGGUCAAAUUGAACUUGCUUUAAUUCAUAUGGAUUCCCUGUACUUUGUUACACAGGUGCAUAAUGCAGUGCGCCUAAUAGACUUGGGCGUUUAUGAUCUUGUUGACAAUCCUGGUAGCGACAGUGACCGAGAAUUCAGAUGUGUGGCUGUAGAGAAAUUAUUAGACUUCUACCCAUUGCCAAUGUAUAGUGCUUUUGGAUGUUGCUUAAUACCAUUACACCAUGCUGUUGUAGAUGAAUAACAUUUUACAAGCAACUCUACCAGCUAGUAUGCAGCUCACUCGUCAAAUAUGUGUAUUUGAGAAGAUAUUCUGAAUAUUUACAUAGAGCCUACUUCUACAUGUCAUCAAAACAUGUUCAUGUACAUAUACCUUUAAUAAAUGUUUGAUUGUUGGAUGAUUGCAGACACUUUUGCACAUCUUCGAAAGGGAUCAUGGAAAACAUAAGGAAGGAAGUCAAGUCUGUGCUACCAAUGUUAUCAGAGACACUGCUGGAUGCUAUUCUAGAAAGACUACGCUCCAAGGGGGUUGACACCAGGGAUGAUCUCCAGUUUGUACAGGAAGAUGAUAUUGUAGAUCUGAUAAAGCCGAUCCAUUGCCGUAGGCUCCUUUGUACCUGGAAAGAGACCGAAAUCAAUCCAGAUACAGUUACUACGCAAUCUCGCAGCAUUGGAGAUGCAUCGCCAUCAGGUAGCAAAAGGCAUGGUACAACCACAAGUAACUGGCCAGAAACAAUUGAUAUCAGCGGAAUAGACAUGCCGGAUCAUAUUGCAGUUAAACUCGAGGCUGGAGAGCGUCUUUCGCCUACUGAAAGGAGCAAUGCAAUUCGAGGUUUUGUAAGUUUGAUGAUGAAACAUGACCAUAAUCCGAUAAGAUCCAAAUGUGAUAUUGUUGCCAGGAGAAUUGUAAGCGAAUGGCCACAGAGCUUUUGUGACAUGAAUGAAGACAGAAGCAAGCUUGGUUCCGGUCAUUAUUCCCUUCUUGCCCAAAUGAAAACGCGUGUAGAGCAUGUAAAUAGGAACAACACACUGACUCGGCAUAGGACCAGUAGAAAGCCAAAAGAAGGAAGCAACAAAGUCACUAAACCUACGGACGUAUACGGAUGCAUCAAAUGGCAACCCUCUCUUCCAAAGGGAGAAACGUUGGAGUCUCUCGGUGAAAAAAAAGAGUCGCUGAAAGACAUUUACACGCAAAGAGGCUCAGAAGAAUCGUCUACAGGUGAAAUUGACAUUUUGAUGGAUCACACUUAUUACCUGCAGAGAAAAAUGAUAAAUGGAGCUCCACUUCCAGUUAGUGAGCUAAAAGAGCAGUGGCCUUAUUUAUUUGUUCCAGAGUUCUUCCAGAAGCACUUCAAAACUCUAACAGGUAUCGAUAUCGCCACAUCACUGCUAAAGUCACUUCAAGAGAAGGGGCUAACUAUUCUCCGCUUUCUUGCAAAGGAGAAGUGGGAAGAUCACAACAAAGUUCGGCCACUUAUUCAUCAGGUCGUGGCUGAAAAGGACGCUGUCGAUAUGCACACUGUUGCCGGUGCAGUUAUUAAGGGGAUGAUGAGCUACUUCAAAGAAAAAGAAGACUCGCUUAUCCUGAAUGGAGAUGUGACUGCUACUCCUGAGGAGAUUGAGGAGGAGACUCGUGACCACUCUGAAUCGCCAUAUCUCGUCAUCCAAGGGGAUGACACUACAGCAAAGUGGAUGGUGGUCGUCGAAAAGAAAGUCAUCGGGAAGUCAACACAAGCAGAUGGUGUGAUAUGUGGAGUAGCCUAUUUGCUGUGCACGUACUACAAUCUCAAUCUGCAAUAUCAGUCAAAUGCAUCGACGACAUUGGAGUUCAUUCAGCGUUGCUUGAUUGGCAUCAAUCCAGACGUGGGAUCAAAGUCUCAUGGACAACAAUGUAGCCAGAAGGUGAUAUCAUUUAUUCGCAAAUUAGCGGAUUUCCAGUGGUUUCAUUAAUAAGGGGGCAACUUUAUGCCAUCCGUGGAUGACCCUCGUGCAGUCGUUCGGAAAAGUAGUCCAUCCUAGUGAGAUUUGUCAUGGGCCAUGGAAUCCACUCAUAUAGGGGUACUUUUUAUAUCGCAACAUGUCUGUUGUUCUGGAAAAAAAGGGGUUUUCCCCUCUAGGUACUUUACUGAUGGGGAUAGAUCAGGGUAAAUUUCCCGAUCACAGAAUACCUGGUAUUCUCGAACUUCCAGUCAGUCUGAAUACGCCUUAAGAUAUAUAUACUGGAAAUGUCAUUUCUUGCAAAAUUUAUAACAUGUUCUGUAUAAUUAUAAGAAGUGUAUCUUAGUACAGACUAACAUUCAGAACAAAUUACAGGGGCGCCUACAUACUACAUCAAUUUCAAAAUUAUCAAUAAAAAAAAAUCCCACUUACAUUGAGUAUCUGAACCCUUUACUUUCACACACUUUCUUAAAAUUUUAUUUGUGUCUUUUUGCCCUUUUUAGACAUUUGCAAAUGUUAUGCUUGCAAAAGGGAUCAUGUACCUUUAAUAUGCAUUUCAAUUGAACUUAAUAUGAAACAUCACAAGUGAAAAUUGAAAUUUGAAAUCAAAUAUUUUGUUAGUGAGGGAGGUUAAAAAAGUCACGUGACUUCGUGGUAUUAAGGAAGCUGUGUGUUUAGCCUUGAUGCAAAGAGACCAACUACAGGGAGCCCAAACUUUUUUAAUAAAUUGUGUCUAGCGGUCAUUGAACUUCCUAGACAAAGCAUUAGCACAUGUAUUCUGUGAGCCUGGCAUGUGUGCAGCCUUGUCAUCAUAAGCAUUGCUUGAUUGUUUACUUACUGUUUUCCAAAAUAUGUUUUACAUUACUUGCAAUUUAGCAUUAUUUUACCUUAGUGAAUUUUCAUAUAUUUUAGUCUGUACAUGCAAUACACCUUUAUUUUAAUAAAUUUAAUAAGUCAUGAAAUAAAUGAAUUUGCCAAAUAUUAGGCCUAUAUUUAAGUAACCUAUAUUUUAUUUCGACAUAUUUCAAGUUAUAUAAUAAUAUAUUUUUUUUAAGUAACUUAUAUUUUAUUACGAUAUAUGUUACGUUAUAUGGUAAUAUGUUUUUUUAUCAUAUUUAAUACGUAGCAAUAUUGUAGCUAAACGAAUUUCAUAAUUUUAUGUUUUCAUUUUACAUGUACACAAAUUGAUCAUAUUUUCUAUUUUCUUUGUUCAUUGUGCACAUUGGUAAUUCUAUUUCAUUAAUUUCUGUAUAUCAUGUAUAUUUUCUUAUUGUCAAGUAUGUUUUACGGUUUUUGUUAUUUUGCACAGCCCCUUUGUAAACCAGCCGAGUAGCUGAAUAGGGCUUUUACCGUCAAUAAAUCAAUCAAUCAAUUGAAUGACAGCUCAUGAAGUUGAAACAAGUUUCUGUGCAGAAUUGGCAUGUAAAUGAGACAAAAAUACAGAAGAAUAUGAAACACGUAUUAAAGAUUACAAGUUUAAUAUAACAGAGCAACUCAAAUUAAAUGGGGUAUUAGUUCAAAAGAUAAAUUAAACAAAAAUAAAGUGAGUAAUGUCUUUUGGAGAGAUUCUACCAGGUAUAGAGAGUUUUCCUUGAUUCUGCCAGGUAUAUGGAGACUUUUCAUUGAUUGUAUUCUGAUAGUAGUUGUCGUUUAAUAGUGGCUUUAAAGGAAGAUAAAAGUGUAUAAAAUAUGUCUUGUUUACAAUUGAAGAUAAUUCUUUACAAUAGUUUUUUACAAUUCAGAAUUUUAAAGUGAACAUAUUGUUGUCUGUUCGACAAAUAAUUUUUGACCCAAGAAAGUGCAGUGCCCCUAAGCCAUACGUUGUGAUUUAGCAUAUCAAUGCCUUAAAGCCGCUAUGUCUGCACAAUUGCAUGUGUUAUUCUGUCGUAUAAUUAAAUUAAUGCUAGGUCGGGUGAAUGAUUUUUUUUAAAGCCAUAUUGGUUGGGAUUAAGCAAGUUAUGUGUAUUUCAGAAUUGGUAUAAUCUAAACAAUUUUUUCAAGAAUUUUUGAGAUACUGGAAGGAUGACUAUGGGUCUGUAGAUUCUUGAGUACUUGAACUUUUGCAGUUUUUAGUGGUUUUACUUGUUUUAAUGUUUUACUUGAUAGUUUCUUUGCAAGCAUUUUCAUAAUGUUACACUAUUUGAGAAACUUGUUUUAUGGAGCGUUGAUUACCCAAUAAAGACUUUAAUAAUGA